AGACUGCACUAUACUGCUGAUGAGAAAAGGGAUUUAGCAGUUUUAUUUACUACAAUAAUUGCAUUUCCAUGUUGUGUGUACUGUGGGAGACCAGAUAUAGUAAAUGCAGGGUCCGGGGAGAGCGGAUAUAGUGAAUGCGGGGGUCCGGAGAGAGCGGAUAUAGUGAAUGCGGGGUCCGGAGAGAGCGGAUAUAGUGAAUGCGGGGAGAGCGGAUAUAGUGAAUGCGGGGUCCGGGGAGAGGAUAUAGUGAAUGCGGGGUCCGGGAGAGCGGAUAUAGUGAAUGCGGGGUCCGGGGAGAGCGGAUAUAGUGAAUGCGGGGUCCGGGGAGAGCGGAUAUAGUGAAUGCGGGGUCCGGGGAGAGCGGAUAUAGUGAAUGCGGGGUCCGGGGAGAGCGGAUAUAGUGAAUGCGGGGUCCGGGGAGAGCGGAUAU